CUAUGUCCGAGGAAUUGGCGGAGGGUGAAGAGACCGAAGACUAUUCGGUAUUCGAGAACAAGACAGGACUGGCCGAAGAUAUGAAGUUUCUGGCUAGCAUGCCGGAACUGUGUGACGUCACUUUCCUCGUCGGAGACACCAGAGAACCAGUAUGUGCUGUCAAAGCGGUCCUAGCAGCGAGGAGCAGAGUAUUCCACAAGAUCUUGUAUGGGCAACAACAACAAACUCCCUCUAAAGAGACACUGGGAAAGAAGCGAGAAUCCACCAAAGAAACAAAACUGAAAAUGUUCCUCAAGCGAAGCAGUGAACCCAUCCUCAACAUUCAAUUAGCUCAGAUGCCUGCUGGUGGCCAUCAAACCCUUAUUGUAGAAGAAUUCGAGCCAGAUGUCUUCCGACAACUAAUUGAAUAUAUACACACCGGAUGCGUCACUUUGCAGGCCAGAACAUUGCUAGGUUUGAUGAAUGCUGCAGACUACUACGGCUUAGACGAGCUCCGGAAAGCCUGUAUGGGUUUUGUGCAAGCUUGCAUAAAUGUGGACACCGUCUGUGCUCUAUUAGCUUCAGCAGAAAAAUAUAUACAGUACAAAUGCACAAAAUCUCUUGUUCAAAAGGUUCUGGAAUUCGUAGACUCACAUGGGGAUGAUGUUCUAAGUCUGGGUUCUUUUGCUUUGCUCCCGGAACAUGUUGUUCGAUUAAUUCUAUCAAGGGAAGAACUGCAAGCGGACGAACUGACGAAAUUCCAAGCCGCUGCACACUGGAGCAGAAGAUUUUGUGAUUCGGAACCGGGUGCCGAUCUCAGGGAAGUGAUGUCCAAUUUCCUCGAGUGUAUAGAAUUCUACAAAAUUCCAGCGGGAGUUUUGAUGAGAGAGGUUCAUCCUGUUGGUGUAGUCCCUGAUCAUGUUAUUAUGAAUGCCCUAGCCUAUCAAGCGGAUCCUUCGAGUGUUGACUUUCGCAAGGUAGGCUCUCCAAACCGAUUCCGACGAAUGUCCCUGAUGACCUUGCCCAGUCAGGAGGCAUCUUCCUUGCUCACAGAGAAAGUGGCUUCCAUUCCAGAAGGAGUCACACAAUCCCCUACCACAACAGAAUCGUCCACCCCAGAGUCGGAAAAGAAAUCAACCAGCCGAUUCACCAAAUCAACUCGCAUGAAGUUAUACAGAAGAAGCAAAACUUUGGCGGAAAGUUAACCAAAUCUGUUAUUCAUAGCUGAAGGAAAUCGUAACAAAAUAACUAA